UUAUUUAUGAGCGUUCCCCAAAACUGAAUUUGUUUUCGAUAACUUGAACGAUAUAGGAGUCGAAUGAUAAAGAUACAAACGAAAAAAGUUAUCGUAUGACGCCCUAAAUGAUCGCUGAUAUGAUAUCCAAGUCGAAAUUUUUAGCGUGGCACUGUCUCUUUAGGUGUGCUACUGCUAGCUGCAAAUGCAGUCGCCCUGUUAAUUCUUAUGCCUUGAACAAAAAGCUGAUCAUUAUGUGGAUGCAUAUGCGUUCUGUAUUUCAGUCGAAAUUGGAGAUGAGACCUUUGGUGUCUAAUUCUUUCUGGAUCAACUUGCAGAAUAUCUGAAUUCCAUUUCAGAAUUGCACAGCAUUCCGAGUGUGUGAUAUUGACCGAGCUUCGGUUGUGGGUUACUUCUUUUAUAUUAUUUAUCCA